GACCCCCUGGAUGCUGCAAGAAACUUUGAUUUAAUGCUGCUUCUUGACCAAUCAAUAAAAGUAAAUCUUAAUGACUUUCUAUUAUCAGAAGAAAUAGAAAAUAUUACCAAUUCUAUUCCAACCUUAGAAUCAAAAAUAGAGGACACUACCGAUCUUAAUUUGACU